GGGCGCUCAGAGGCUAGAGGGAAGGAGAAGGGAUCAGGAGCGGGAGCUGAGGGGAGGGAGAGGCCGGUCUGGGUCUGGCCGCUGCCGCUCUUCGCCCGAGGUCUUCAGGCCGGGCUGCGGUUCCCUCCUCAGUUCCUGGGCACUGUCUGCGAGGCUCCGCCAGGCCAGCGUGAGAGAGCCGCAGGCGGCAGCCGCCGCAUCAUGUCAGCCAAGGACGAGCGUGCCAGGGAGAUCCUGAGGGGCUUCAAACUAAAUUGGAUGAACCUUCGGGAUGCUGAGACAGGGAAGAUACUCUGGCAAGGAACAGAAGACCUGUCAGUCCCUGGCGUGGAGCACGAAGCCCGUGUUCCCAAGAAAAUCCUCAAAUGCAAGGCAGUGUCUCGAGAACUGAACUUCUCUUCAGCAGAGCAAAUGGAAAAAUUCCGCCUGGAACAAAAAGUCUACUUCAAAGGGCAAUGCCUGGAAGAAUGGUUCUUCGAAUUCGGCUUUGUGAUCCCUAACUCAACAAACACCUGGCAGUCCCUGAUAGAGGCUGCGCCCGAGUCCCAGAUGAUGCCAGCCAGCGUGCUAACCGGAAAUGUUAUCAUAGAGACAAAGUUUUUUGAUGACGAUCUUCUCGUAAGCACAUCCAGAGUGAAGCUUUUCUACGUUUGAGAGAAGAAUGUGUGUGCAUUUCAAGAAUUCAUUUUUUUAGGGGGAUGGAGGAAACUGUUUACUUUUUUCCUCUAUACCUUUGAUUUUUGGCACUUUCACCCCUGAUUCCUUCUACGGCAAAACCCACCUGCGGCCACCAGGGGACCAGCUCUGUGUAGGUAACCAGAUGGCUUUUUUCUCUUAAGCCACCAUCUUCCGUUGACCAGAGUAUAAACUCCCAGCCCCAGACCAGGGCAGAGGGCAUGCCUCGACUCCUUCCUGGAGUAGACCCGGCGACAGACACACACCACGAGCUGUUCCCGUCACCCUCCCUGCCUCCUUCUUGGGCCCUGCAGGCAACACAUCUUCUUUUGGCCCCUGGUUUUGGAAAACUUCAUGUUCCUGACCCACGUUUAGUUUUUUCCUACCGUUUCUAUUUCAUACAUUCUCAUACAUUUAACUUGUAAAAUAGACUGAUAUUAUUAUUAUUAAUUAAUUAAAACGUGAAUUAAAAUAUUCCUAUGUCUUUGGCAUGA